AGGGGGCGGGGCUGGCUCCCGCGAACCGAACGUAGAAGCCCCGGCGGCGGUGGACGUGAAGCAGUCGCUGCUCGUCUUUCUGCUGCUUUUGGUUUUUUCCCAGUGCUGCGUAGGGCUUCUUCUGGCUGCGCUGUGGGUCCGGAGGGUCGGCAGCCAGGCACAGGUUUCCUAAAAGGAAAAAUGGAGGAAGCCCUAAACCAAAUGCAUCCACUGAAUGAAAAGCAAAUAGCCAAUUCCGAAGAUGGAUAUGUAUGGCAAGUCACUGACAUGAAUAGACUGCACCGGUUCUUAUGUUUUGGUUCUGAAGGUGGAACUUAUUAUAUCAAAGAACAGAAGUUGGGCCUUGAAAAUGCUGAAGCUUUAAUUAGAUUGAUUGAAGAUGGCAGAGGUUAUGAAGUGAUACAAGAAAUAAAGUUGUUUAGUCAAGAAGGCAGAACCAUAAAGCAAGAGCCUUUGCUCUUUGCACUUGCCAUUUGUUCUCAGUGUUCUGACAUAAGCACAAAACAAGCAGCAUUUAAAGCUGUUUCUGAAGUUUGUCGCAUUCCUACACAUCUCUUUACUUUUAUCCAAUUUAAGAAAGAUCUGAAGGAAAGCAUGAAAUGUGGUAUGUGGGGUCGUGCUCUCCGGAAGGCUAUUGCAGACUGGUACAAUGAAAAAGGUGGCAUGGCCCUAGCUCUGGCAGUUACAAAAUAUAAACAGAGAAAUGGCUGGUCUCACAAAGAUCUGUUAAGACUGUCACAUCUUAAGCCUUCCAGUGAAGGACUUGCCAUUGUGACCAAAUAUAUUACAAAGGGCUGGAAAGAGGUCCAUGAAUUGUAUAAAGAAAAAGCACUUACUGUGGAAACUGAAAAAUUAUUAAAGUAUCUGGAGGCUGUAGAGAAAGUGAAGCGCACAAAAGAUGAACUGGAAGUCAUUCAUCUAAUAGAAGAACAUAGAUUAGUUAGGGAACAUCUUCUAACGAAUCACUUAAAAUCUAAAGAGGUAUGGAAGGCUUUGUUACAAGAAAUGCCUCUAACUGCAUUGCUAAGGAAUCUAGGAAAGAUGACUGCUAAUUCAGUGCUUGAACCAGGAAAUUCAGAAGUAUCUUUAGUAUGUGAAAAACUAUGUAAUGAAAAACUGUUAAAAAAGGCUCAAAUACAUCCAUUUCAUGUUUUAAUCGCACUAGAAACUUAUAAAACAGGUCAUGGACUCAGAGGAAAACUGAAGUGGCGCCCUGAUGAAGAAAUACUAAAAGCAUUGGAUACUGCUUUUUAUAAAACAUUUAAGACAGUUGAGCCAACUGGAAAGCGUUUCUUGCUGGCUGUUGAUGUCAGUGCUUCUAUGAACCAAAGAGUUUUGGGUAGUAUACUCAAUGCUAGUACUGUUGCUGCAGCAAUGUGCAUGGUUGUCACACAAACAGAAAAAGAUUCUUCUAUAGUUGCUUUUUCACAUGAAAUGGUACCAUGUCCUGUGACUACAGAUAUGACCUUACAACAGGUUUUAAUGGCUAUGAGUCAGAUCCCAGCAGGUGGAACAGAUUGCUCUCUUCCAAUAAUUUGGGCUCAGAAGACAAACACAGCUGCUGAUGUCUUCAUUGUAUUCACCGAUAAUGAGACCUUCGCUGGAAGCAUCCAUCCUGCUAUUGCUCUGAGGGAGUAUCGAAAGAAAAUGAAUAUUCCAGCUAAACUGAUUGUUUGUGGAAUGACAUCAAAUGGUUUUACCAUUGCAGACCCAGAUGAUAGAGGCAUGUUGGAUAUGUGUGGCUUUGAUACUGGAGCCCUGGAUGUAAUUCGAAAUUUCACAUUAGAUGUGAUUUAACCAUAAACACCAGCAUGACCUAAGAGGUCCAUUUCCAUCGCUGAAAAUAUGCAGCUACUUCCCACCUAAUCUCAAUCCAGUGAAGAUAAUAGUGCAGUAUGUACAUAGUUGAAAGUAACAUUACCAAAAAAAAAAAAAAAAUAGGAAGAAGGAAAAAUAAAGAUGAGCACGAAGUUCUAUCUACUAAACUAGCUCUUGGGAAGUAGCUUCAGGAUAUUAUAGCUUCCUCUCUCUCAUAGAGAACUUUUUGUUAAUAGAUAAUAUAAAAUAGUCAAAAAGUUUUGCUCUGGUGAAUAAUACAUUUGUACUUCAAAAAGGUGAUAUCCAGAAGUGAGCGGUUCCACAUCAUGUUACUUAUUUGAGAAGUGCUUAAUGUUUUCUUAAAUGUUUUCAUUGGAAAAGGACAGCUCUGAUAAUAUCCAGAUACUCUGAAAUGCACUAGACCAUGUAACUGUGAUGGAAUAUGAAACUCAUCUGUAAACUUUUAUAUAUAUGGGCUAAAAAACUAAGACACAUGAUUAAAUUGUGAAUGAGUUUUACAAAUCCCUUUCAGAGUUUUCUAAGAUCAUAUAAAUAACAGCUUUCUUAUUCAAUGAAACAUAUUUUAUUCCUGAUGUUUUAUUUGCAGUUGUAGAAUCUGCUAACCAUCAAGCAGAAAAACAAUGGAAAACCCUAAGAAUGUUACUGGGCCUGAAAAGGCUCUAAAGUUUGUGUUGGCUGUGGAAUUGGUUUUCUUUAUUGUUUUAUUGCUGUGAGUGAGGUCUGUAACUGGACAGUGAUUUCCUCUAAAUAACAUAGCCUCAUGUAGUCAUAUUCUUGUUUUUCAUACUCACAAAUGGAAAUAAUAUUUCAAGUAUUUAAGUUCCCUAUUCAUAAUCUUUAAAGUGUAUAACAAUUAGAAUCUCAACUAUAACUAGAUUAGCCUUUUCCUUACUCUUAAGAAUUUUUUAAUUGCUUUUUCUAGUCAUUUAUAAAUGGGUUUUAAAUGUUUUUUAAUUGUAAACAUGUCCACAAUCCAUUUUUAUGGCAGAACAGUCUUUUUUGAUAGGGAGAAGAAAUAAUAAAGCAAGCUAUGUCCUUCAGAUUUGAAAGACAGCUCUUUUGAAAGAGUAGCACAUUACGAACUAACCAGUCUGUAGGAAAUUGCUAUUUUUAUGUUUUGCUUGUGUGCAUUAAAUUUCCUUUUCCUUACACUAACAUGCAUUGUUUUCUUGAGCAAGUAUCCCAUCUUCAUUAGGAAGUUUAACAUUAAAGCAAUCUGUUGAAAUGUCCGUAUCUUUCUCAUAAUUUUAUAACGGUUGUCUAAGCUGUUACAUGUAACACUUGCAUUUUAUGCAUUGUUCUUUAAAUAUUAAAUGAUUUUUUUUUAGGGUUUUUAAAGCUCUUCUGUUAAAUUUGUAGUUAAAGGUAAAACACUAGUAAUAUAUAUUAUAAUCUUUUAUGUGCUUGAGGAUUAUAGAUUUUAUGUUUUGGAGGAAAGGCAGGGCUUUAAUAGUGUGAAGAUUUGAAUAUUCUGUUUCAUGGUAGGUUGGGGCUCUGGGAACAUUAAGAAAAUGUUUUUAUUUUUUCAAAUGCAUUGGGCAUAUUUAUGCUGGCUUUGAUAUUUAACCAUUCCUGCAAGGCAACUAAUAGCAGUUUUUAAUACUAGUAGCACUUAUUUACCUGAGAGAUUUUUGGUCCACAAAGCUAGUUACACCACCCACCCCACAUAUACAUCAUUUCUGGUUUUAACCCUCUAUCAGGUAUGGGAUGAAUUUAACAGCCACUUUUGAUAUGGUAUUAUAUUCAGAUCAAAUUUGAAGAAUCCAGGAUCUUCCAAAAUUAAAAAUAAUAUGAUCUUUUUAUUCAUAAUAGAACUGUUAAAUAGAAUAUAAUAUAAAUGUUUACUUCUUCAGUUAUGUGCUAUUUAAAUAGAACUUUCAUACAAAUAUAGUAUAUCUAGGAUCUAAUAUUAAACCCAUCAGGAAAAUGUAUUAGAGGUGACUUUUUGAAGCAUUUAGAUAGGUCUAAUUAAAUGGAUGAGAGUAAGAUUUAAGAAAGACAAAUAUGAAAGGAAAACAAACUACCAGAGAACAUAAUUUUAAAUAAUUUAACAAUUUCAAAUCAUGACACUUUAGAGCUUGAAUGAAAUCCUAGAAACUUAAAAACUAACUUUUGAAUUUUGGCUGGAGACCCCAGAUUCAAUACAGAAUUUGAUUCUCAAGCACUAUAAGUGACCCACAAAUCUUAGUCUCUUCAAUUCCCAUUCCACUUUUCACUCCCCACAGCAAGGGAACACUGAAUUAGAAUAAUAGAAUUAUUCUCAUAAAAUGGAAAACUUUUAAGGAAGUAUAUAUACAUGAUUGCUUUAAGAACAGAAAAACAGAUGUAAACACGUAUCAUUUUUAAUUCAUAGUAAUCCUCAGGCACAAUUAAUGUUUUAAUAAGUUAUGUUGCUGUAUAACAGUCCUAUAAAAGACUUUACCUUAUUAUAAAUAGGAUGUACUUGAGUGAUAAACAAGCUUUAUUUUCUAGGAUUACUGUUACAUUAAUAUUUAGGGAAAUAUUGCUUUUAAAAGCAAUCCUAAUGAGCUGGAGCUGGAGCUCAGUGGCAGAGCACUUGCCUAGCAUUUGUGAGGCACUGAGUUUGAUCCUGAGCACCACAUAAAAAAUAAAUAAAAUAAAGGUAUCAUGUCCAUCUACAACCAAAAA